AUGUCAUUACCUUCGAAUUUGAAGAACUUAUAUGCGGAAUGGCUACAGGAGUUGAUAGUUGAAUUAAACCCCCGUCAGGAGCAGCUAAACUUGACCUAUGAAAAGGCCAGAAGGCACCUCUUGGAAACUGAAGGGAUCAUCUUCUAUCCCAAGGAUCUUAAGAAGAUAAAAGGGAUAGGCGAAACUAUCAUGAAAAGGCUUGAGAAAAAGCUUAUGCAGCAUUGUCAAGAGAUUGGAGCCGAGUUUCCACAACCAAGGCCUGCUGUGGAGUCAAGCAGUUUAGGUAAAAGAACAACUACAAUCCUACGAUCUAAGAGUUUUAAUGGAGGCUUUGAUGAACCAGAGGAGCAGCAGUUACCCAAAAAAAAAAAGGUAAGCUACAUCCCAAGGAAAAGAUCCGGUGGUUACGGUAUUCUUCUUGCUCUUUUGGAACAUCGUGCAAUACUGAAGGGUAUUAGCCGAGACGAUGUGAUCAAAACAGCUCAGAAAUAUUGUGACAGCAGUAUGGAUCCAAAUUUUAUGACAAAAGAGUUACGCGGUGCAUGGUCGGCAAUUCAUUCAUUAAAAAAACAUGAUCUAGUUCUAGAAGGUGGCAGGCCAAGAAAGUACUCUCUAACUGAAGCGGGCGUAACGAUGGCGACUACGCUUAAAUCAGCUGCCGACAUAACUUUUCCAUUUGAGAAUCAAACAUCUGCGGGUCAUCAAUGUGAAAGUGAAACUAGUUGUGCUGACAUAACCGCUGACUUCUGUGCUUUGUUUGAGUCAGAUAGCAAUAAACGACGGGAAGCACUACUUGACAAUGAAAGCACAUCAUUGAUGGACAUGACAUUUCAUAAUUCUAUUGUAGCAGAAUCAAAAGAAGAGGAUAUUCCACGAAAUGAUGAUACAAUGACCACAUCUUCACCAAAGCUGACUUCAAAUCGGCAUAAAACUGUCAACCGGGACCACAUUUUGAAAAGAAAAUUUAACGGAGUGAGUUAUGAACUGUGGUUGCAAGGUAGUUAUGAAGUUUACCCCAUUAUUGACCAUCGUGAAAUAAAAUCCCAUGGAAACCGUGAUUUCUUUUCAAUUGCAUUGGAGACGAAAGGAAUAAAAUGUGGCAUGCGGCAACUCGCAUUAGGAGAUAUUCUUUGGGUUGCUAAACAUAAAAAAAGUGGGAGUGAGUGCAUUAUCAAUACAAUUAUUGAGAGAAAAAGAUUGGAUGAUCUUGCUUUUAGUAUCCGUGAUAAUCGAUUUAUGGAACAGAAAAGUCGGUUGGAUAAGUCAGGUUGCAGGAAUAAAUACUACCUAAUUGAAGAAACAAUGUCUAAGGCGCUGGAAGGCAUGAACGAAGCAUUAAAAACGGCACUCUGGUUGAUACUUGUCUACUAUAGAUUCUCAAUGAUAAGGACAUCGAACUCUGAUGAAACUGUUGAUAGAUUACAUGCCCUUCAUACUGUUAUCGUUAAAGAAUAUUCCAAAAAAAAACUGAUAGUUAUAUACCCCACCAGUUUGAGGAAUCAAGAUGAUUACCUUAAGGUUCUUGAACAGUUCCGAGACGAGUUUGAAAAAUUUCCAGAUAUUGAGUGCUGCCAUAGUUUCCAGUGCUUUCAAGAAAUUUUGGGUAAAGGGGAACUGAGCACCAUACGAGAGCUAACUAUCCAAAUAUUAAUGUACGUGAAAGGCGUUUCUAUAGAAAAAGCAGUUGCUAUACAGACGUUAUUCCCCACGCUGAAUCAUCUCCUGGUGGCUUAUCGCAAUUGCCGUACUGAUGAAGAAGCUAAAUUGCUAAUGUUUCACAAAUUAGGAGAAGCCCCUGGUGCAAAAAAAAUAACCAAGAGUCUAUCAGAAAAGUUGGCCGGGGUAUUUGGAUCAUUUACGUCAUAA